AUGAAAACCAAAUCCAAAAUCAUGGGUUUUUCAAAGUUUUUCGUGUUACCCUUUUUUGCAUCCAUUAUGCUACACAAUUAUAUUGUCAUUCAUGCCCUUGAAAAUGCCGAGAUUGUCAUAGGUUUCACUGAAGAUGAAAGAAAUGCUCUUUUGGCACUCAAAGAUGGUUUACGUAGCACUUUUCUUGAUGACCAAUGGCAAAGCUUUGAUUGUUUUGAUCAUUGGUAUGGAGUCAAUUGUAGUGACAAUAGAGUCGUUGGUGUAACCCUUGAGAAUCUUGACAUCUAUGGCGAAAUCAAGCUUGAUGCUUUUUUCAAUCUCACUUCGUUAUCAGUUUUAAGCUUCAAGAACAACUCAUUAUCUGGUGAACUAAUGGAUUUUUCAAGAAACAUAGAUCUCACAUACCUUGACUUGUCUAACAACCAUUUUAACGGCGUCAUUUCACCUUCACUUGUCGAUCUGGUUCUUCUACAAUCAUUGAAUCUUCAAGAUAAUAGGUUGUCUGGUGCAAUUCCAUGGUUUGAUCAAUCAAGUUUGAAAGAACUUAAUCUCUCAAACAACAAUCUCUCAGGGCCAAUACCAGAUACGAAAAAACUUCAAUCGUUUAACUCAUCUUCAUACGAUCAUAACUUAUUUUUAUGUGGACCGCCUUCUUCUACACCCUGCAGCUUCACAUCACCGGCGACUAAUAAUUCCGGUAAGCCGGAGAAGUCUGGAAUUGUCGUGAUUCUGAUUAUCGUGAAUAUUCUAGGGUUGUUGGUUCUUCUUUUUCUGUUGCUACUGUUCUACAAAAAGAACAAACAACUUAAUCAAAAGAUCAUAGAGAAGAAGGAGAAGGAUGAGGAAAAGGCGGUGGAGGAAGUGGAAGUGGAGACAUCAAGUAAGAUGAUGGAUCGCCAUGAAAAUGGGGGGAAGGAAGAUGAAGGGAAGCUUGAAUUCGUUGAUGGGGUGGCGGAGUUUGAGCUUGGAGAUCUGAUGAAAGCGUCAGCGGAGAGUUUGGGGAAAGGGAACUUCGGGAACACGUAUCGAGCUCGAUUAGAAGAUGGUCGGAAUGUGAUUGUGAAGAGGCUGAGGGAUUUGAAGCCAUUAAGCAACGAUGAAUUCAUGAAGAUGAUGAAAGAGAUUGCAGCUCAGAAACACCCGAAUUUGACGCCAAUUCUUGCUUAUUAUUUCUCCAAAAACGAGAAGUUGUUGGUGCAGAAAUUCAUAACUAACGGGAAUCUUUUCAAUCAUAUCCAUGGAGGAAGAGGGACGACUGAUCGAAUUCCAUUCCGAUGGAGUGCAAGGUUAGCCGUCGCACGAGGAGUAGCUCGAGCCUUGGAAUACUUACACAUGAGCCCUAAUUCCCAAUCCCAAACCCUAGUUCCUCAUGGCAAUCUCAAAUCAUCCAAUGUUCUCAUCGAUGAGAACAACAUGGUUCUAGUUUCCGACUACGGUUUCACCUCAAUCAUCUCAAACACAAUCGCCGUUCAACGGAUGUUUGCCUUCAAAUCUCCGGAAUUCCUAACCUCCAAACGGGUCUCAAAGAAAUCCGACGUAUGGAGCUACGGGAGCCUAGUAAUGGAGCUUCUAACAGGGAGACUUAGUGUCCAAUCGGCUCCACAAGACGAGAACGCCGUGGAUCUCUGCAAUUGGGUUCACCGUGCUGUUCGUGAAGAAUGGACAGCUGAGAUCUUUGAUCUGGAAAUCAUGGGACAAAGAAGUGCGACUCAUGGGAUGUUGAAAUUGUUGCAAUUAGCUGUUCGUUGUUGUGAUAAAUCGCCGGAAAAGCGGCCGGAGAUGAGCGAGGUAGUAAGAGAAGUCGAGAGCAUUAAGAUCCCUAAUGCUGAUUCGGAAAGUGAAGAAGAUAUGUCUGGUGAUGGUGAUCGUUCGUUGACAGACGAUUCCAUGUCUGCAACUCCAUCAAGAUGAUCACGAUCUCCAUCUCAAAUCAUUUACUGUGACUUACUUGUAAGAGUUCUGCAUCUGGAUGAAUCUAUGGUACAAAGUUGUUUGAAUUUGGAGAGUUAUUUAUUUGGUUAAUGUAUGUAGUUAUAGAUGUUGAUAAUAAUUCGAUAUGUAGUUUUGUGAAUUCUAUCAACUUUCACAAUGUCAAUUUAAAUAAGUUGAAAAGUAA